CUCCUCAAUUCAGUUCAUUCCCACCUCAAAGCAAAAGUCAUGCAGCAACUAAACCUCCUUUCACUCUACUUCCUCUUCCUCCUCACCAUCCAACAAUGGGCUGGCACGUCAGCCCAGGCCCAGGCCCCGGCCCCAGCCCCCUCCGGCCCGACAAACAUCACCCAGAUCCUAGAGAAGGCUGGCCAGUUCACGACCUUCAUCCGGCUGCUCAAGAGCACCCAGGAGGCUGAUCAGAUCAACACCAUGCUCAACAGCUCCUCCAACCAGGCCCUCACGAUCUUCUCGCCCACCGACAACGCCUUCAGCGGCCUUGCGUCCGGCGCCCUCAACUCCCUCUCCGACCAGCAGAAGAUCCAGCUGAUCCAGUUCCACAUCCUCCCGGCUUUCAUCUCCACAUCCCAGUUCCAGACGGUUAGCAACCCACUUCGAACCCAGGCAGGGAAUGCCGAUGACGGGAAAUUCUCACUUAAUGUGUCCACAUCGGGAAACCAAGUGAACUUGACCACCGGGGUGGACACGACGACCGUUUCCAAUACCAUAUAUACCGAUAAACGGUUGGCUGUUUAUCAGGUGGACAAAGUCCUCCUCCCGCUUGCCUUGUUUGGGACACCGGCGAGCCCUGCCCCAGCCCCGUCCAAACCCGGGAAGGACGUUCCCACGUCUUCGGAUUCCUCAGCAGGGUCUUCUGAUACAGUUGACACCUCAGCCGCACAUGAUUCAAGUCUGCGUAGACUAGGAGUUGCUACACGAGUGACCGUUGGUGGUGCUAUUCUGGCUGCAAUAUCAUUAGCUCUUUAGGAUUGAGAUUGUCUUGACUGAUGAAGGACCACGCUGUGGGAUAGAAUCAAAUCAAAUUUUGAAGUGUGUAUUGAAAUUCAAAUAAUUUCAAUUGGAAUAAUUUGUUGGUGAUUUAGCUUUGUCCAUUGUAUUUCUUUCUCUUGUGUAAAUAAUAUUCCUUUAUUUAAGUUUUCCA